GGCAAUGAUGGUAUGGGGGAUAUGCACUUAAAGUUCGGCGGUGAUGGUAUUGACGGGGUGGUGGUGGUGGACUAGCUAUAGUGUUGGUGAAGAAGACGACGUUGAGUAGUGGUACAAGGCAGCAGCAGCAGAAGUGGGCUUAGUUGUUGCGAGAGCUUGGACCUCGUGGUUUGUGUUUUUUUCUUAAGGGUUGUGAGUUUCAUUUUGAUUUUUUGGGGUGUGUUUCGUGUUGCGUUGCGGAGAAUGCCAAUAGUGUCGGUAAUCGAGUAGUUUUGUUGAAUGCGUGUUGGAAGGAGGGGCGGUUUUUGCGCUGCGUGUGGUUUGUUUCGGAGGGGCGUUGCUGGCUUUGGCGGAGCGGUCGUUGCCUCUGCUUGGAAGCCCUGGUCGACUGACUCCAGAGACCGGAGCUCAAUUGAUUGAAGAGGACUAGGCUAUGACCUUGCCAGGUAGCAGAAGGAACUAAUUGUGAUUGAAGAGGUAUCUAAUGAGGAAAUAAAUCCGCUGUCUGCGAGGAUUUACUCAACACGAUGGGGAUGAAGAACAAGGCACCUGGGCUGUCGACAGCUGAAGCGCUAUACCCUCCACCACAUCGCCAACUUAAUGGAAAUAAUCAAGCUCCCUCUCAAAAAGUUUCUAUGGAUAAGAUGUCAUAUGCACCCGGGGGUGCCAUGCCGGGACUUCAACCUGAUCAAGCUCUAUAUCCGCCACAGAUGCCACAGCUGGGAGCUGGUGCAGGGCAAUAUCAGCCAGGAAUUGGCAGUCAGUUACCUCCACCUUCUGUUCAGAAUGGUGCUGCUGGGAACUAUCACAAUGCGGGUGGUGCUCCUGCUACAAAUAACCUCACCCAGCCUGUGACGAAGCCUACUCCAGCCAAUGCAGUAUUUGGCAACGGGUAUCAAACAACAGGGCAGCAGCAAGCGUACACUCCGCAGCGUCAAAGCGUGAGUGGCGCUCCUGUGAAGAAUGCGAAUUACCAAGUUCCAGCCGCUGAAGCUCCAGUGAGAUAUGGAAUGCAGGAGCAGGCCAAGAAUCCAGCUUCGGCGCGUCAUCAAUCUGCCUCAUCGCCUGCACCAAAACCUUCUGCAACCACUACGAGCUUAACCCGUGCAUCGAAACCUCCUACAAGAGCAGUCCCUCAGCGCCAAACUCCUGCACCACAACCUCCUGCAAGCGUAACAUCUCAGAGACCAACUCCUGCUCGCACACAACGAGCUGAGGAUUACGCUCCUACAACUCAGCGUCGGUCUAGCGCAGUAGGAGGGGGUGGCCGAGGAGGUCGAGGUCAAGGGGCAGGGCGAGGCAGGGGAGGUGGGCGAGGAAGGGGAGUGGGGCGAGGCAGAGGUGGCCGAGGAAGGGGAGCGGGGCGAGGCAGAGGUGGCCGCGGUGGCCAAAAUCAAGGAAACCAAGCACAAAAUCAACAAAACGGGCCCAACGAUCAGAACGACGAAGACAACUACGAUGGCGACAAUUACUAUGACGACAAUUACUAUGACGACGAUGACGGGCUAAAUCGUGACAUGGGCAGCCUGAAUCUUCAAACUUCGGGUGGAAACCAAGACUCCUCCUCUGGCAAUGCAGAUUACCAAUUCGAGUACACGCAAAACUCGACGUCCUCUUACAAUGUGGAUUACGAGUCGAACACACAAGUUGAAGUAACACAGAACACCUCGGUUGAGUAUGAUUAUGAUGCACAGCAUUCGACUUCAGCUAACUACGAUGCACAGUUCUCGGCGGAGGCAGGGUAUGCAGAGGGAAAUGGAGAGGGUGAUGGGUACUACUACGACGAGAACGGGUACCAGUAUGCUUUUGACGAGAAUGGAGAGUCAUACUACACAGGCAUGGCGUACGACGAGAAUGGAAACGAGUACACUUGGGACGAAAGCGGGAAUGCUUACUACACUAGCCAAGAAGCCACUGGCGGUGAAGCAGGUUACGCAGAGGGUGAUGGGCCCUACUACGACGAGAGCGGAUAUGAGUAUGCGUAUGAUGAGAACGGAGCUCCGUAUUACGUCGAUUCGUAUGAUGAGAAUGGGAAUGCAUACGCAUAUGACGAAAAUGGGGAUGCUUACUACACAGACCCACAGUAUGAUGGAACGGAAGCUGAUCGUGGAGCGGGUACUCGUGAGGCUGCUGAGGGUGGCGAAUAUUACGCUUAUGCUGAAGGUGACGAUUAUUAUGCAAAUGCUGAAGGUGGCGAUGACUAUGCAAAUGCUGAAGGUGGUGAGUAUUACGGCGCUGGUGAGGCUGCUGAGGGUGGCGAAUAUUACGCUUAUGCUGAAGGUGACGAUUAUUACGCAAAUGCUGAAGGUGGCGAUGACUAUGCAAAUGCUGAAGGUGGUGAGUAUUACGGCGCUGGUGAAGGCGGCGAUUACUAUGCAAACGCCGAAAGUGGCGAGUAUUAUGCAAAUGCUGAGGGUGGUGAGUAUUACAAUGGUGGUGAAGGCGGCGAGUAUUAUGCAAAUGCUGAGGGUGGCGAGUAUUACGACGGUGUCGAAGGUGGAGAAUACUAUGGGGGUGCCGAUGGUGAGAAUUAUUAUGACGGCGAUGGAGACACUCAGGUUGAUGGUGGAGGCGAAUCAUUCUUUGGUGGAGGCGAAUCAUUCUUUGGUGGAGGCGAUGCUGGUGGCGGUGAUGCCGGAGGAGGAUCAUUGUUCGACAUGGGAAGCUGGUUUGAAUGAUCCCAGAAGAACAUGUGUAACAUUCCAUCCGGACCAUGUUUCCAGUUCUGCACUGACCAGGUAAGAUCAGCUCUUGUAGUUGAUCAUGCUUUACGUUUGUGCUAACCCACCUCACCAUCCUUGCCGGCAAGCUCAGUCUCUUGGCACAAUGAAAGCUUGGUAGGCCGUAAUGUGGGUGCAAUUUUGCUGAGAAUCAGUAGACGUGGCCAUGUUUUUUCUUUCUUUUAGUGAUGAGGUGCUGGACUCUCACCAUAUCACAUCAGAGCUGCUCCUUCAUUCAUUGUGCUGUUUUCCAGAGGAAUGCUUAUUCCUCAUCGAAAUCUUCUGUUGAUAUAGCUUCUGUUGAUAGGAGUUCAUGGUUCCAUGUAUUCAUGUAAACAAGGACAAAACCUCUCAGCUUUGAAAGAAAGUUUAAGAGACGGUGCCUUCAAUAUCAUUGUUUAUGAAUAUUUGAGGGGAAAAAAGAAAAGAAAAGAAAAAAUGCUGUGGGUGUAGAGCUAGGAAAUAGCUGUGGUGUGUAGUUGCAUGCAGCUGAGAAUCACAGGAAUUUUGGAAGAUGUGAAUGAAAUAAGACAAAUUCCAUUACAUUGUCGAGUCAUUAACCUUU